UCUGAUGCCGGCCACAUUACCGCAUUAGCCUGACACCCGAUUUCAAUGAUAUCAUUCUCGUGUGCACUGUGAUGUCUGUCAGCCUCUCUCGAGGUUGACAGUGGUAAGGACUAGCUAUCUAUAUAAACAUGAAAAGUUCGUUCUGAUUUCUCAAGAUCCCCCACCAUGAAUCAAGAACAAGCCGGUAUUCGAGGUCUCCGCUUACAGUCAUAUGUACACCCUCUCGCCGCCCUCCCUCACGAUGAUAUAGGGUUCCAAAACGACAUUAUCUCGAUCUUUUUCGACAUGGUCGUAAUUUGCUUUGUAUCGGCUACAGGAAUAACGAUUGCUUCCCCGUUCGACCUACCUAUGAAAUGGAAGAUGUUGUGCGCCGGUAUGAUAGCAGCUGUCCUUCUAUAUGGAAUAUCGCGGCACAACGACGCAUGCUACAAUAGGGUAGUGCGGAAAUAUAGCAUCGCAGAGUGGUACUGGAGGUCGUCGAGAGAACUUCGGAAUGAACAUCCCUCGUUAUAUUACGACUUGGUUUCAGCCCAACGAUUCCUGAAUCAGAUUUCCUCCUGGAAUUGGUUCGAGCGUCUGUUCUACGGAACAAUCCGCUUCUAUUCUCUUCGGCAACACGCCAACACCCUCUUUCACAUCCUUCCAAAUUCAUGUUCUUUUUUCGAACCUCAGGAGGGGGUACUACAUCGCCCAAGAGACGUCCCUUCACAGGCAUACUACUUGAGUGUUGCCCUUCCCGAACCACCUUGGCCAGGCCCCGUUGCUCAAGCAGGCCCCGUUGCUCAAGCAGGCCAAGGUGCUCAAGCAGGCCCCGCUCCUUAACCAGCCCCCGCUCCUCAACCAGCCCCCCCGCUCCUCCUCGUCAAGUGGUUAUUCCACAGCUUAGUCAGCACGUAGACUAGGUUUCGCC